ACUUUUAAUUAAUGUACUUGAGAUGUUUACUUGUUAAAUGCAGAGAAAUACUAUAUUAGAUGCUUGAUGGUAGUUGUAAUUACAGGGCACCUGACCUAGCCUUUGAUUUCUAACGUAUUGCUCCAUUUGAAUAUGUAAAAACUUGUUUUUGAUUGCUCUAUUUCCAUAUUCCACAAACAAUGUUGAGAUUACAGAUAUUAAAUCAGUCCUUUUAGUUGCUCCAACGUGAGUUUUAGUCCAAAAAUGUACUAAAUAAAUUUUUACUUAAUAGAUUUGAGGCUUAAAUGGACCUGGUCUUGAAAUAGGUCUAGACCUGAACUUCAUAAUCUACAUUUAAAACACUAAACAUAGGAUAAGAAAUCUAGGAUAUAGACUAUGAAUUUAAAAACUAAACAAAAUUAGAAGAGGGAUAAAAUUCCUUUGGUUGUUUUGAGGAGGAAAGAUGAAGUGAGAUGUUCUUUGUUCCUCAAAUGGAGGAAACUUAGUUUUCCCGCUUGUUGUUUGAACUAGUGACCUUCCCAGUCUCCUCUCAACGACGCUGCCUCUGGUGCAGGAAUUAGCCGUUUGAUUCACAUCAGCUAACGCGAAAUUAAAAUGGGUUAUCUGAAACAAAUAGAUGUGGAAAACUUCAAGUCGUGGCGUGGGAAGCAAGUUAUCGGUCCCUUCAUGCGAUUUAAUUGUAUAAUUGGCACAAACGGCUCCGGCAAGUCCAAUGUCAUGGACGCUCUGAGCUUUGUCAUGGGCGAGCGGGUUGCCUCCCUGCGAGUGAAGCACCUCAGAGACCUGGUUCACGGAGCCCACAUCGGGCGGCCCGUGUCUGACACCGCCCGCGUCGCCAUGCGGUACUGUGACAACAAAGACCUGGAGACCGUCUUCUGUCGGAGUAUCAUCGGGGACUCCUCUGAGUAUUGCAUCAAUGGUGUACGUGUUACUCUUGCCAAAUACUUGGAGGAGUUUGGGAAGAUUGGCAUUGUGACCAAAGCUCAAAACUGUCUGGUGUUCCAGGGGGCAGUGGAGUCCAUAGCUUUGAAAGACCCAAAGGAGAGGACCAAGAUGUUCGAGCUCAUCAGUCAGUCGAGGGAGUACGCUGCAGAGUACAAUAAGAAGAAAGAGGCCCUGCUGAAGGCCAAAGAGGACACACAGUUUCACUUCAACAAGAAGAAAUCUGCCGCUGUUGAGAGGAAGCACGUGUCCCAGGAAAAAUUAGAGGCCCAGAAGUACCAGGCACUGGUGGACGACCUUCACCAAAACCGACUGCAGCUGAGCCUGGCUGAACUCUACCACAAUGAGAAGGGCAUCAACGCUCUCAGCGACGACCUGAGAAAGGUGCAGCAGGCUGCGGCUGUAAAGAAAAAUGAAUUGGCCGCCUGGGAGGAGACGGUCAAAACCCACAAGAAGGAGCACGGACGUCUCGCUAGAGAGCAGCAGCACAUCGAAAAGGCGAUCCGCGCCCAGGAGCAUAUCCUGUCCCAGUCUCAGUCCAAGUACAUCAAAUCCAAGGUAAACACCUCCCAUCACAAGAAGAAAGCUGAGGAGGUCCGUAAUGCCCUGAAGAAGGAUCAGAGGCUGCUGGCCGUUAAGAAGCAGGAGCUGGCUGAGGGUCGGCAGGAGAUUGCUGAACUGGAGAGGACCUGGAGCAUCUACGAGAGGCGUGUCCAGGAGCAGGGAGCCUCCCGUGGGAGGGACAUCGAGCUGGAGGAAGAUCAGUUAGAGCGCUACAAGGAGCUGAAGGAGCUGGCCCGAAAGCAGGGGGCUGUCCUCAGCCAGCAGGCAGAGAAGCUGCACUGGGAGGUGAGAGCCGACUAUGAAAAGUUGGCUUUCGACCAGCGCAGGAAGAAGGAAGUGGAGGUUGACAUCAGGAACAACCAGGCUCAGCUGGAAGAUUUGACAAGUAGAGCAGAGAAGCUGGAGGAGUACACCAAGACCUGCAAGUCGUCCAUUGAGGAAUACCGCCAGCAGGAGGAGAGCCUGAGCGCAGAGCUGGAGCAGGGCCGCCAGCGCAGCGAGGAGGUGAACCGGGAGCUGGGUCAGGUGCUGGAGGAGCUUGGAAACGCUCGUCUGGACAGCCAGGAGAACAGACGCCAGCUGCGGCGCAAAGAACUGCUCGAGAGGCUCCGCAGACUCUACCCUGAAAGUGUGUAUGGUCGCCUCUCUGACUUGUGCAGUCCCAUCCACAAGAAGUACCAGCUGGCUGUCAUCAAGGUGUUUGGCCGCUACAUGAAUGCUAUUGUGGUGGCCUCGGAGAAAGUGGCCCGCGACUGUAUCUCGUUCAUGAAGGAGGAGCGAGCUGAACCUGAAACCUUCCUGCCCAUCGACUACUUGGAUGUGAGUCCUCUGCAUGAGCGACUGAGGGAGGUGCCCGGUGCCAAGAUGGUGGUGGAUGUUGUCAAGGUUAACGUCGCCACAGGUGCCGCUCAGCUGAGAAAAGUGGUGCAGUUUGUCUGUGGCAACGCAUUGGUGUGUGAGACGAUUAAAGAGGCUCGGAUUGUGGCCUUUGACAGGCAGGAGCGCCUUAAGACAGUAUCUCUGGACGGGACGCUGUUUGCAAAGUCUGGUGUGAUCUCUGGAGGCUCCAGUGAUCUGCGGAGCAAAGCUCGCUGCUGGGACGAGAAGGACAUGACACGGCUGAAGGAACGCAAGGAUCAGCUGACAGCUGAGAUUCGCGAUCUGAUGAAGCUGAAGCGGAAGGAGCCAGACCUGAAACAGAUCAUCGCUCAGGCUCAGGGUGCUCAGAUCCGCCUCAAAUACUCCAAAACUGAGCUUGACAUCCUGCGGAAAAAAAGCAUCCUCAGAUGCCAAGCGGAGAUUUCCCGUAUGGAGAGCGAAUUAGCAAACCUGGACUCUCAGAUCCAGAUGCAACAGGAAAGUGUGGAGGCAAAGGAUGAAGAGAUGAGGAAGAUCAGAGACCAGAUCAACCAGAUGGAGGACUUAGUGUUUUCUGACUUCUGUGCUGAGAUCGGUGUGGACAGCAUCCGGGAGUACGAGCAGGAGUAUCUGAAACAGCAGACGGAGCUCGACAAGAAACGGCUGGAGUUUGAGAGACAGUUUGCUCGCCUGAACACACAGCUGGAAUAUGAACAAGACCAAGUGGAGCAGCUGAAGAAGAAACUCCACAAAAUGGAGGAGAUCAUCAACAAGGAGGAGAGAACCAUGGCAGAGCAGAGGAAGGAUGAGGAGAAGCUGCUGGUGGCAGUGGAGGAAGUUGAGAACAAACUGCUGGAGCUGAAGAACCAGCUGCUGUCUAAAAAGAGCCAAGUGGCUGCUGCCAAAGCUGAGCUGGACCAGAAAACCCAGAGCCUUCACGAGAGCAACAAAGAGUUGGUGAAGCUUCAGCGGGAGGUGAUGUGUGCAGAGACGGCUUUGGAGCACAAACGCCUGGCCAGACACAACUUACUGCUGGCCUGCAAGAUCCAGAGUCUGCCCAUCACUCUGCUGUCAGGGAGUCUGAAUGAAAUCAGCGAGGUGCAGCUGGACACAGAAUCGGAAAGCACGUCAGCCACCAUGGACAUCUACGAGAGAGAGGCACAGCUGGUCAUUGAUUACUCUGAGCUGCAAGCAGAGCUCAGGGGUUUGCAGACGGAGGAGGAGGUGGCGGCUUACCUAGAGAGGCUGAGGGAGUCAGUGUCCUCCAUAGAGGAAGUGCUGCAUCGCACCCCUGCCCCCAAUCUGAAAGCCCUGGAGAAGAUGAGGGAGGUGAAGGACAAGUUACAGGGAGUGACUGAAGCAUUUGAUGCCAGCACCAAAAUAGGCAGGAAGUGCAGUCAGGAGUUUGAGCAGGUCAAAGCCCAGCGCUUCCACCUCUUCAGCCAGUGCUUCGAGCAUGUGUCCAUCGUAAUCGAUCAGAUCUAUAAGAGAAUUUGCAGGAACAGCAGCGCUCAGGCCACUCUGAGUGCAGACAAUCCAGAUGAGCCGUACCUCGGAGGCAUCAACUACAACUGCGUGGCGCCAGGGAAACGCUUCAUGUCCAUGGACAAUCUGUCUGGAGGAGAGAAGGCCAUCGCUGCUCUGGCCCUGCUGUUCGCCAUCCACAGCUUCCGCCCCGCUCCCUUCUUCGUCUUGGAUGAAGUGGAUGCAGCCUUGGACAACAGUAACAUCGGCAAGGUGACCAGUUUCAUCAGGGAGGAGUCCAGAGAGAACAUGCAGAUCAUCGUCAUCUCCCUGAAGGAGGAGUUUUUCUCCAAGGCAGACGCUUUGCUGGGAGUCUACUCGGAUUUUGAUGAAUUCAUGUUCAGCCGCAUUCUGACCCUGGACCUGCAGCCCUACCCUCUGGUUGAGGAGGACAAUGGGAAACAGACAGACAAGGAGGUGCACAGAGUGGACAGAAGGCAGGAUUCGUAUAGCCUGGGGUCAACCGUAUGAAAUCCUCAUUUGUGUUUUUCUUGCCUUUAUUUUCAUUAACCAUAUCAGUUCUGAUUGUUUCAGCUUUUGACUAGAUGUUAAGGCAAUCAGUAGUUUUCUCAAAUGCCAAAUAAUGACUUCUGUGUUGUUACAGUGGAACUACUCCUACAAUUUACAAAAAUUCAAAAGGUUAAAUUGCAAAUAUAACAGCAAUAAGAGAGAAGUUUAAUUUCAGUGGUUCUUGUUUAUUCUCCAGGAUGUUCCAUGUUAUUCAAAGAUAAGAAAUAUUUUCAGCAAUUUGUUACUUGAAUUAUUUUGUGUUUAAAAUGCGCUUUUCAAGAGUAACUUGUGUCCUGUUCAGUUGUUCUGUUGUCCCAGAAAACUGAAAGUUUUACCAGUUGAAAGGCAAUAAAUUCAUUUAGUUGGACUGUCCGUAUCAGUAGUUGCACU